AUGUGGUUGCUUCUCAUAAUUGUUCUAUUACUUUCUGCAAUAUUAUUAUCGCAUCGAAACCAAAAACAACGUCGCGAUGCUGUGGCCAAUCUCCCCGGACCUUACUGUCUUCCGUUAAUCGGACCGGUUCAUUUAAUCUUAACUGCCAACCAAAAAAACUUCUUUGAUAUUAGUCGAAAACAUGUAAGUAAAUAUGGACGUAUCGUAAAGGUGUGGAUCUUCCAUCGUCUGCUGAUCUUCAGUGUUGAUGUGGAGUUAAGCGAACAGUUGCUCUCCAGCCAGACGCACUUGGUCAAGCAUCCUGUGUACAAGACGCUUGCACAGUGGCUGGGUAAUGGAUUACUGUUGAGUGAUGGACGGACAUGGCAUCAGCGUCGGAAAAUAAUAACGCCUACCUUCCACUUCAAGAUACUUGAGCAGUUUGUGGAAGUCUUCGAUCAACAGUCGUCAACGUGUAUUGAGCGUUUGGCAGAGCGUGCAGAUGGUCUCACUGCCUUCAAUGUUCAUCCUUAUAUAUGUCUGGCUGCUCUGGACAUUAUAGCGGAGACAGCUAUGGGCACAAAAGUCUACGCACAAACAGCAGAGAGCACUCCUUAUGCAAAGGCAGUGAAUGAGUGCACCGAGCUCCUUGCUUGGCGUUUGCUAAACAUUUUCCUACAGAACGAGGUCAUCUUUACGCUGACACAACCCCACUUGAAGCUACGCCAAAAGAAACUAAUAGGAAUUAUGCAUGAGUUCACCAACAAGGUAAUCGAGCAGCGUCGAAGUGCACUGGAAGCUAGGCAGCGCCAGGGGCAGGUUAAUGCAUAUAAUGAUGUGGGCGCUAAGCAACGUAUGGCCCUUUUAGAUGUACUCCUGCAGGCCACCGUCGAUGGCAAGCAAUUGACGAAUGCAGAGAUACGUGAGGAAGUCGACACUUUCAUGUUCGAGGGUCAUGACACGACUACAUCAGCUAUAUGCUUUACCCUCGUCCUCCUCUCGCGCCAUCCCGAAGUACAGGAGAAACUGCUGGCAGAAGUAUGCGAAGUGUUGGGCUCAGAUAACAAACGGCCUAUAACAAUGCGAGACCUGACCGACCUUAAGUACAUGGAGAGCGUUAUAAAGGAGUCAUUGCGAACGUAUCCACCCAUUCCAUUGAUUGGUCGCAAAUUACAGGAAGAUUUUAAGUACACCCAUUCCAAGUAUGGCGAUGGUGUCGUACCAGCGGGUACGGAAAUCAUCAUAGGCAUAAUGGGAUCAUUGAACGAUGCAGAGCAGUUUCCAGAACCUAACAAGUUUCGCCCUGAGCGUCAUGAGGACGGUGCACCCUCAAGUGCCUAUGCCAUGAUACCCUUCAGUGCUGGUCCACGCAACUGUAUCGGGCAGAAAUUCGCCCUAUUGGAAAUGAAAGUCAUGCUGGCCAAGAUUGUACGUGAGUUUGAGCUGCUGCCUUUGGGUGAGGAAGUAAUGCCCGUGAUCAAUAUAGUGAUGAGCUCGAAAACGGGUUUCCAACUGGGUAUGCGAAGGCGCAUCGACACCAAUAAUGUGGCACCUUCUUAGAGGACACUGAAAAUUUAAAGGAUAUUAACAACAAAAUUGUAGUGAUAUUAUAACUGCU